AUGCCAAAAAUUAAGAAAAAUGUUAAUGACGAAAACAAAUGCCCAAAUAAAUUGAUGGCCCAAAAAAGAAGUAAACCAGUUUUCAAAUUUGAUAUGAAAAGAAUUCUAAAAGAAAGACAAGCUGAGUGUGAAUUUUGGGAAAAAAAUGCUCAAAUUGAUAAAGAAAUGAAAGUUCUAGAUGUUUUGUUUCAAAAAGAAGUGAACAAAACUAUUAACCAAAGUGAUGAUAAACUUGUAUUAGCAAAGUCUGGAUAUGUUAUAUUUGACCCCUCUAAGUUUAAUGUAAACUUUGAAGAAAACUAUAAUAUGACAGGAUCAUAUUAUUCGCAACAGCUACUUCUAAUGUCAAUUGAGAGAAAUGAACUUGAAGCCAUCAUUAUUUUUAAUAAUCUGAUGAAGUCAAAUUGGUCUCCAGUAUUUAAAGAUGUUCAACUUAUUUUAUCAAACUGGGGAGCUGAUUUGAAUUCAUUGACUGACGGUACACUAUUAAAGUGUCAAAUAAAUGAUUGCAAGAACUUUAAACGGCACAAUUUUGAAUUGGUAAUGAAAUUCAUAUCUUAUAAUAUAGAUAAAAAUAAUAAGACAUUUAGUGAAGAUGAACUACUAACAUUGGCACAGUAUAUUGCCAAAAUAUCUUUUGAUCAGUAUUGUGGACAAAUGAUAAAUGUUAUACAACAAUUAUUUACUGCUUGUAUUGAAACUGCAUUACAAGAAGACGAUGAUGCUUCUAUUAUAACAUUUGCUCAAGAAUUGUACUCUCAAUAUAAUAUUAAACUACUUAAAAUGGUUGUUGAUUUAUUCCUUCCUUUAGAAGGAAAGAUAAUGAAAAAAGUCUAUACUUAUAUAACAUUCAAGCUAUAUAAGUCACUUUUAGAAAAAACCAACAACAUGAGUGCAUUUCCAACUAAUAUUAAAGAAUGGUUUGUUCAAGACUUAGUGGAUAAAGAUUUUUUCAAUAGACGACCAAAAAGAAUAUUAUACCGUCUUAUUCGGCUGUUGGAACAUGUCGUCAUUGUUUUUGAUUUAUACAGAGAUGAAAAAAAACUUAGUGACAUGUAUGACUUUUUGAAUUUCAUGGUAAAACCAACUGGAUUAUCAGAUUCUCUGAGACUGGUUAAUAUAUUGGAUCAAUGGAGGUUACAAUUAUUCCGUUUGCAUGUAAAUCGUAAGAAUGCUUAA